UAAACCUACGCGGUCAUCCGGUACCCAAACAAUAAGGCUUAUAGAAAUACACGCAACCUCCUUUGUGAUUGGUCUUCGAAGCGGGCCACAAAUUCAUGAAAUUAUAAAAGCCAUACUUGUAUUUCUAAUUUUAAUACACAUGCUACCCAACCUAGUAAGCACUGGAGCAAUUCGUAUUUACACUGGGAAUUUAAUGCAGUAGGGGCUUAGCGCAGUCUUGCAUUUUCAACGAUAGCGUACACAGCCUGCUGAAUACAUUCCGCAUAUAAGAUAUUGGAGUGGGCGAUACAGGUUGGACAUUCAAUCGAUUGGAUAUAGUUUCAGGAUCAGGGUUCUGACUGUAGUGACAUAUUGAUUUCUUACAUUUUCGACAUAUUUCACACGACGAUGGCUGCUUUUCAAAAUGGUUUGCUCGGUUGUUUCGGCGACUUCAAGCUUUGCCUCUUGACCUUUUGCUGCCCCGCUUAUACCGUUGGCAAAAAUGCAGAGUAUCUCGGAGAAAGCUGCCUCAUCAUGGGAGCCCUAUUUUGUGUUGGAUUCACCGCGAUUGCCCCCAUUAACCGAUGGAGACUACGAGAACGACUAGGCAUCGAGGGGAGUUUGCUCGAAGAUGUCAUAUUCUCCACCGUAUUACCCUGUUGUUCCAUCAUUCAAGAAGCGAGAGAGAUAGAGGCGAAGGGAGGCGCUAACGUUGUUGGAUCCAUGAAAAAAGAUCUCCAAAUAAAAGAAGGAACCGAACAGGCCCAGGAAAUGACGAGAACAUAGG